GGUAUAACCGCCUGAAGUAUGGAAAGAAGGUUGAGGCCACUAUCGCAGAAUUAAGGCGGCCAAUUCGCAGAUUGAUGCUGGACUUCAUAGCACCAUCCCUGUACUCCCUGCAGACUGGUCGGACUGAAGUACCCUAGCCCCCAUACCAGGCCCUUCCAUUCAUCCUUCCCAAGCAAAUCAAAAGAUAUGGUGAAGGCGACCCAGAAGGAGAAGGCUCGAUACCAACUACUCAGGCAAAAGCUCUUGGACACCUACAAGGGGUACUUUGAUACUCCCCUUGCCCUUCCAUCAUGUCAGAAGUCUGGCGACGAAUCUACACUUCCCACCUUGGGACCCGGAACAGAAAACACCCAACAUCGAUGGGACACUCUAUAUCCAGUACUCCUCAAGCCGACCAGACAUGCUGCUCUGUUGAACACUUUCCAUGGUGAGCCAUUUUUCAAGCAGCAAAUUCCCUCGACCUCGACGAGUCCUCCCAGCGCCGACCAAACCUGGAACGAAGCCAUCCAGAAAUCCAGUCUUCUGGUCUCUCCACAACACAGUGUCCCCGAUCUCUUGGAAGAUGCUGCUCCAUGGCUACCCUCAACCACUUGUCUCCGUCUCUAUCAUUUUCCUCAACAGCAAUCGCAUUCCACAAAAGACUAUCUUCUUCCACCUCCGUCCAAGAACGCCCACAACCUCAAAAACUACUACUGUCUCGACUUUGCCUCUAUCUUUCCUGUCCUCGCUCUCGACCCCCAACCGGAUGAAACCAUCCUCGACAUGACUGCAGCCCCUGGCGGAAAGACCCUAGCCAUGCUGAACCACCUCGCACCCUCUCUACUGGCAGACAGCAGCAGCACCACGACCACCACGACCACCACGACCACCACAGUAUCCCGAAUCAUACCCAGAUUCCACGUCAACGAACUCGACUUCCAACGCCGCAAGCGGCUCCGAGUAGUCCUUGACGAGUAUGUGCCACCGCACCUUCUCCCGCCAUCGCCUUCUUCCUCGACAUCAUCAUCUUCAUCCUCUCAAUCAAUCAUCCAAAUCAUGGGCAAAGACGCCACAUUGGACUCAAGUUUCCGCCCCGAGACCUACGACAAGAUCCUCCUGGACGCUCCUUGCUCGAGCGAACGUCACGUCCUGCACCAGUUGCACAAACAAGAUUCCGCAUCCAACCUGCACAAAGACCUCCUCAACUGGUCUCCAUCCAGCUCGGACAAAACCGCCAAGAAUCUGCAACUCAAAAUGCUCGUCAACGCCAUUCACGCUUUGAAAUUCGGAGGCACGCUCGUCUACAGCACGUGCUCGAUCUCUCCGUACGAAAACGACGGCGUUGUCGAAAACAUGCUCAAAGUGAUCGACAAACAAAACCGCAAACGCGUCAAGGAAGCUGCUGCGCGACGACGACGAAAUACCGGCGCGCACAACCAAGAUGGGGAAUCCCAUGGAGAAGCAGAAGAAGAAGCCGAACAAGGCAGCCGACAUCCCACGAACGAUGAAGAGCCGCAACCGGAACUUUGGAAAGUCGAGGUGGUCCCCACGACAUGGGCCAUUGGAGAGCCAACUACACACGGGUGGAUGAUUUUACCGGAUCAGCAGCAGGGCGCGGGUUGGGGACCGAUCUACUUCUGUAAGAUCGUUAAGACACGCAAGAAGCGCCGGGGUGCAUCGUAACUGCGUAGACCUUCGAGACAUAGUGUGUGUUGCUGGGUCCAUAUUCUGCGGCCAAGAAACGUUCGGCAUCAAUCCCACCAUAAUAAUAUCGAGGC